AUGAGACCUGAUAAUAAUAAAAAAGUGAACUUUUCCAAAAUUCGGAAAAUUCUUGUUCAAGGUGAUACGGCAAUCGGUUCUUUUAUUCUGCGUGAUACAACCAAAAAGAAGACAUUCAUCGAAAAGUUAUUAACCUUUGUGUUGCCAUCUUACAUCAUAAUUGCAGUAAUUUUCAUUGUUACAACAGUUCUUGUUAAUAACUUUGAGUUGAUGUAUGCCAUUAUCAGCAUUUCAACACUUUUAUCAGUUUUUGGUCUAACAAUUACCAUUCGGAAAUUUCAUCAAAAUAAGCUUUUGUUACGGAGUUUAUUUAAAUGGUGCGAGAAUUUGUAUGACGUGAAGACGCAUUUUCAUGAAACUCUUCAAGGUACAGCAAAGCAACACCUCAACAAAAUUGAAGAGAAAACUUAUAAAACUCUAAAGUGGCUGAGAAUGAUUUUGUACUUUGAUGCAACAGCUGUCUCACUUGGAUAUGCAAUUAUUGGUUGUUUCUUACCGGAUCACAUUUACCCGAAGUACAGUGCACCAUUGCCAUUUUACUUGCCUUUUACGCAUCAAAAUACGCCUUUAUCUUGCAUUGUGACUUUGACAAUGCAAUUCAUUGUCUCAAUUCAAGCAGCUACAGCAACUUUUUACAUCUUUAGUGCUUUCUUUUGUAUUGUGAAUCACGUUCUUGGACUCUUUGACAUAAUCAUCAGUAGCAUUAAACUUCUGAAAAUCGAAAUACUUUCACAAGCGACACAUUUGAAAAAGAAAGAUUCAACUUUACCAAUUGCAGAAUGGAUCAAAAUCCUCAGUGACAUGAUAAAUGAUGGAAACUCGAUUGUAACAUCAUUCAACGGAAUCUAUUCGUUAACUUUUUUCAUUCUUGAGAUCGCAGCAAUUGGAGCAUUGUUCAUCAGUGGACUACUAUUCACGAUUGUUCAUCAACAGUAUUGUUUUGCAUUUGGAUUUACUGCAGUAGCGUUUUUCUUGUUUGUCGUUUGUCAUAUCAAUGAGAAAAUUUUGAACAAGAUCGACGUGAUUAGUUAUGCCUUAUACGAUAUUCCAUGGUACAUGUUGAACAUCAAAGAUCAAAAGAUGAUCCUUAUCCUAAUUAAUUGUGAUAAAAUUCAACCUGGAUUUACAGCCCUUGGAGUUCAUUCAUUGAACAUGAGAAGCUUUGCAGUGGUUUUGAAAGCUGCUUACUCUAACUUGAUCAUUUUGAAGGAUUUGGUUCAAAAUUAA